CGUGCGCGCGCCCGGCUUGAAGGCGAAUGCGGUAGCGAGAGGAGACGGACACAGUUCACCUCCACAUCACGAGAUCAUAUUUAGGAGCGCAAAUUUCACGCCCCGUCGGGUCGUGUUACCGUGAGAGACGGCGGAGGACACCCACGGGCCACAAACAAUAGGAUGCAGUGUAGACUUGACUGGUGACUGGUCUGCAGGCUCUCCACUACUCUCGUCCCUGGAGUCAGCCGGUCGGGGGGAAGAUUCCUGCAUUCCCCUCCUCUCACUCUGAGUCUUUGUCUGGAUAAAACCAACCAGCCCAACCAUUGGAGUACACGACUCGUCCUCUCCCCCGUGUUGCUUGGAUCAGCACAGCUCAUCUCCUGACCGAGGAGAGCAGCAGCUGCACAAGAUUCUUCUUUUUACCAACUGAUCCCUCCCGGCCCUGCCUACACCGCCCCAUCAUCAUCAUGGUGCUGUCACAACGACAACGAGAUGAACUAAAUCGAGCGAUAGCCGAUUAUCUACGUUCCAAUGGAUACGAAGAGGCAUAUUCCACUUUCAAGAAGGAGGCGGAAUUAGAUAAUAAUGAAGAAUUGGAUAAGAAGUAUGCCGGCCUUUUGGAAAAGAAAUGGACCUCAGUCAUCAGAUUACAAAAGAAGGUAAUGGAGCUUGAAUCCAAACUGAAUGAAGCUAAGGAGGAGAUCACCCUGGGCGGCCCCGUAAGUCAGAAACGUGACCCCAAAGAGUGGAUCCCCCGCCCGCCAGAGAGGUACGCGCUGAGUGGCCACCGCAGUCCAGUCACCCGCGUCAUCUUCCACCCGGUCUUCAGUGUCAUGGUGUCUGCGUCUGAGGACGCAACAAUAAAGGUGUGGGACUACGAGACGGGAGACUUUGAACGCACACUGAAGGGCCACACGGAUUCAGUGCAGGACAUCUCAUUUGACCAGACUGGAAAGCUGCUAGCGUCCUGCUCUGCAGACAUGACUAUCAAGCUGUGGGACUUCCAAGGCUUCGAGUGCAUCAGGACCAUGCAUGGACACGACCACAAUGUUUCGUCUGUAGCCAUCAUGCCCAAUGGAGAUCACAUCGUUUCCGCCUCGAGGGACAAAACCAUAAAAAUGUGGGAGGUGGCAACUGGCUACUGUGUGAAGACCUUCACAGGCCACAGGGAGUGGGUCCGCAUGGUGCGACCCAACCAGGACGGCACACUUCUCGCCAGCUGCUCCAACGACCAGACAGUUCGCGUUUGGGUCGUGGCCUCCAAAGAAUGCAAGGCCGAGCUGCGGGAGCACGAACAUGUGGUCGAGUGUAUCUCCUGGGCACCGGAGAGCGCCUACCCCACCAUCCUCGAUGCCACAGGCUCCGAGUCCAAGAAGAGUGGGAAACCAGGCCCCUUCCUGCUGUCCGGCUCCAGAGACAAAACCAUCAAGAUGUGGGAUGUUAGCAUUGGCAUGUGCCUUAUGACACUGGUUGGCCAUGACAACUGGGUGCGUGGGAUCCUCUUCCACCCUGGAGGAAAGUUUAUUGUGAGCUGUGCAGAUGACAAGACCUUAAGGAUCUGGGACUACAAGAACAAGCGCUGCAUGAAAACCCUGUGUGCCCAUGAACACUUUGUUACCUCUCUGGAUUUCCACAAGGCUGCUCCCUACGUGGUCACCGGCAGCGUAGAUCAAACAUUAAAAGUGUGGGAGUGUCGCUGAUUUGGACCUCGGAGGAUUGGACCACCACCCCCCAAUUAACCCAGGAGCUCCUCUGGAUCCCACGUCCCCCCUCCCUCCCUCCCUCCCUCCCUCCCUGUCUCCCGUCAUCCAGCCUCCUCCAUCCACCCCCCCACCCCCCCACCUCACCCAAACCUCACCUGCACAUCUUCGUCUCCUCCAGCUGCACUUACCACCAUGGUUAUUUACCCAUCGCGCUCUCUGGUCCAAUAACUUUUGUCCUUCUGUGUAAAUUAUUCCUGGAUGUAGAUCGAGCUAUUAAAUGUUACACAAAAAAGUAUUCUUGCAUGGUAAUCCAAAAUUGUAUACUGUAAAUUUACAUAACGUUGUCUAGAAGUACCAUAGGUUUAACACGGGGCUGGCCGUCUGUCACGCAGCCUUACCGACCAACCGAAGGCAGAUGUUUUUGACUGGGUGUAAAACGUAGGGCACUAAAAAAACAAAAACAAAACAAAAAAAAAAAACGAUAAUUUAAGAAAUGACAGUGUCUUUAUGUGUAAGAUUUAUUUUUGUCUAUUUUUUUAUUUAGGAUUUUUUUUUUUUUUUUUUUCUGUUAUUUCUCUCCUUCACUGUCGUAGUCUGUUGAUGCCUAGCUUGGUGACACGUUGGAGAGUUGAGGCGGGAAAAGGCGAUAAACGAUUGUCUGUGGGGCGUUGUUAUUGAAAUAAUCUGUAGCUUUAUAACAUCUCUUCUCAAGUGUGCAUACCAUUUCUCUUCAUGUGGAACUAGGUAAUAUUUUAAUGGCUGUAUAUACGAAUGUUUCAAACUGUUGUCCUUGGACCUCGGGGGCUUGAAAACUGCUUUGUACUCUUGUCGUGGUGGCACAUUGAACCACUGCUAGGCUUUAGGUUAAAUUAUCCCGUUUAAAAAUACAAGUGGCUUUGUGAGUAAGCUUUUUACAAGAAGCCCGAUGUAGCGAGCAACUUAGUUUGGCUUUCAGCGAGCGCCCUGGGUCACAGCGGCAACCGAGUCCAGGGAUUACAACGGUCUAAUCUAGCACUUGACGAAGACCUCGGGUGUUUGUGUCUCUCUAGUUAGGAGACAACUUCCCCGAGACCUCGCAUGUCAGACUCUGGUUCGAGAUGAACCCCCUGUCCACUCCUCCUCCUCCUCCCGUCGCCGCUCAAGGUUGUCGGGAGUCGGUGCACCAUAGGAAGUAAAGUUUAAAGAUGCUCAGCUGUCCCACGGCGCCUCUGAAGUGAAAUAAAAAGAAAACAAUAUGAUGAUGAUGAUGAUGACGAUGAGUCAAAGUGAGCCCCCUGGGUUUGAUAAUCUGGGAUGUGCAAAGAUCUAUUAUUUCUGAAUUAUAUGUUCAGCAUAAUUAAAAAAUAAAAAAAUGUUUUUGAUUUAAAAAAAAAAAAAAUAUGUGAAUAUAAAAUGUAAAUUUAGCUCGUUAGUGAGAGAUUUGGCAGUUUUGUAUGAUCGCACUAAAGGAUGAACUGAAUGGAAAUUGAUUAGUGAGGAGGGGAAGCUAGCGACGGACAUGCCGAGCGAUCUGCUGGUGGUGUUUCGUCUGUAGACGAAUCUGACGCUGGGUUUGGGGUGUUUUUGUUUUUCAAGCCCCUGGAUCUGAUACCGGUGACGACACUAAAGCCCGAUGAUCUCUACAGACGAACACACACACACACACACAGACCACUCGACACGUGUGAAAAUGUCUUCUGAGUGGCUUUCCUCAAUACAGGAAGGUUUCAGACUGGAAAAUAACCCAACCAUUCCACUUCUCUUGUAGGACAACAAAAAUGAAACGUCUCGCUUCUAAUAGUAGCUGGCGAGGUGGUUCAUUAAUCUUGCACAUCCCUGUUUUUCUCUUUGGUCGUUUAACGGCGAACAAAGGCGACAUUAAAGUUUAAUGAUGUUGAUAAACGCAUAAAAACCUAUAAUUUCUGAUUAGCCUUUUCAUUCCAGUGCUGUUCUCGGCUAAUAAAGAAUUCCACUGCUUAACCGAUCUUCUUCUUAUCUUAGCUUCUUUGCCAAGUUUUCCUCUUCCUGUGUGUACUGGAUGUGGUGAUCUGCUGCUCAAGCUCUUGCUAGUGGCUAUACUGUGAGCCUCGUGUGACCUGUUGAUGUAGCACUGCUGCAUGUUGACCUGCACCGAGAGGCAGAGCUGUCGGAAACGUACACUUGCUAAAGCUCAGAGCAUUCCUAUCAGACUAAUUGGUAUGAAUAAUGGAAACUGUGUUUGUACUAAAAGUAGUUUGACAGUUUGGGAAAGGUGUGUGUUUGCUCCCUCGCUGAAGAUGUUACGUCAAUGUAUAGCCAGCAAUUGGUUAGCUCAGCCCAUAUAAAUGGAAACUGAGGGAAAGCGCUAGUUUUACGGUGUAACGGUGCAGCUACAAAACUAAACCUUCAGUUUACAUAGUUGCUCAACUGGUUCCCCAUUGAAUCUGGUAUAUUGGUUGCCUGGCAACUAAAGUACAAUUGAACAGUUUGUGAAAAUCUUCAUUAUUAUUAUUUUGUUUAAAAAUCCCAAUAGUAAUAAAGCAUUUGCAGUAAAUUAAGACACUGAAAACCUCUAAGUGGUGCCUGUAAUAUUGAAAACGUGGUAAAAUACAGGCACUUUUCUACUGGAGUCUCCCCGGUUGCCUGGCAACUGGUCUCAGCUGUCGGAGAGAGCCAGGCUAGCCGUUAGCAGCCUCUGUGCCAAGAUAAACCAACCAUCUGCCGGCUCCAGCUACACACUCACUGUACAAACAUGAAGGAGACUUUUCCCAAACUGUCCCUCGUCCAGGGCCGUGUCCUUGGUCACUGGCUGGCUCGGUGAGUUCAGACAGCUCUGUUCUUUGGUUGUAUAAAGGCUGGUUUUGUUGUGGUGAUGCUAUGUUGAAGGAGCUUCCACGUCCUCCUCCUCCUCCUCCUGUAAAUGCAAUGGGAUUGUGGCAGACUAGGAUGUCCCAAAGGAGAAGUCCUCGCUAUCAGGGAUUAUUAUCGUCUCCCGUUGGUGUUUGCCCCCAAACAACGGUCUUAUUUUUUUUGCUAGUGGCUGUUUUCUCUGUCCAAAACUUUGGGUUGAGAGAAAACGAUCAAGUUUAUAGUACAAUUUGGCACGGCUAAUGAAGAUGCCAAUGUGUUAAAUGUUCUAGCUGAAGCCAAAAAAUGGAGACGUUUGUCCGUGUAAUUCCGGUUUACCGACAGAAAUCAAGCUCCUCGUUGGUCCAGCACUGUGACCAACUUUGGGAAAUGUUAAGAGUCUCCUCAGGUUCACGCUAUGACAUGCCAGACCACAAAAUGUAAAUUAAAAUUCCCUUCCUUGGUUUUUAGUCGAGGAAUGUGGUAAAUCAAAGGUCAGGACGAUGUGUGUUCUGUUUAUUUUGUAAUAAUCGGUGGAGAGGAAAAAAAAAAAAAAGCAACAACACAGCUGAGCUGCUGAUGUUGUGUAAAAGUGUUCAAGAAAAAGAAAAAAAAAACAAAAAAAACUUCUUCCCAUUUGCAGGUCCCAAGCAAUCCCUGUGCUGCUCUGGUCUGGCGUGUGAGGCGACCCACAGACAAUGUUGUGACUUUCUGUGGGUCGCCCCGGCCUCUUAGUCCCUCUGUCCUCUGUAACUUGCCUGUCAACCACAUCCGAGGGCUUCAGACUGCACAACAAGCUCCUACAGGAGAGCUCAUGAUGUUUUCGCCACUAUGGUCUCACUCUUCACACAGCAAACUGUUAACAAUAUACCUGGGUGUCAUUAUUGUUUGCGAUAUAAUAAAAUAAGAAAAAACUG